AUGGCAACAAGAAUCAGCGAGCUGCCGCCAACUAUGACAUUUCUUAACAUUCCAGACAUGGCAAAGAUCUUCGAUCAAUACAGUGGAUUUGGCCUUUUCAGAGAUGGCUGCCCAGGCGGAUGUAAAGAGACCUGCUCCAAGGUGGAACGAAUUUUUGGAUUGGCCAAUAACUUGCAAAAUUGCCUGGCCUAUCCGACUAUCUCACAGUACAUCAUGGGCGGCAGAGCUAGUCAGAGCGACAAAGACAUUGCCACUAAAUACGCGAUCGACAACUCAUAUCAAGGAAUUACACAUACAAUAGGUACCUGCCUGAAUGGUUACGUUGACUGGUGCCAAUAUGAUUCGUAUUGCCAAAUAUUCAACAAUUAUGAGCUGAUCAAGACACUUUGCUCGGGAAGCUCGCUGCCGAUUGCAUUCAUCCUCUAUCGGUUGUGGGCAGUGAAGAAGGCAUCCUGGGAAUUAUGGAUCCUCUCAGCCAUCACGAUUGCUCUUUGCACGGCAACAUUUGUCAUCUCAACUGGUUCCUCUCCAACUUACCAGACAAAGCCUCUGGAAAUCGACUCGCAUCUAUAUCCGGGCUGUGGGAAUGCCAAGCCCACGGUAUUUUGCACCUCUCUGACUGAUUCUUCGGGCUCGAAAUCGGUCAUCGGACCCGAAUUCUCCAUCGUCUUCUCUAGCGUGCUCCUCGCGCUCAUUUUGAUCGAUCUCGUUCGAGGACUAAAGAAUAAGUAUCUGCCGCAUGAGGAUUACGAGGACCCUAUGUUCGAAGCCGCAAAAGAACGUCGAAAGUCUAUUGCCAAUCUAUUAGUACAACCAUUUCGUACCGCCGCACCAGAAUCUUCCUUGCCACGGUCGCAAACCGACCCGAUAGAAAGCGAAAAGCCCUUACCUACUCGUCCAAGUUCAAAGAAGCGACUACAUCGUCGCCUAAUCACAACAAUCACCGUUGUGCUCCUGUGUCUCUACGUCUUCUUCAUCAAAGAAUUCAUCACUUCACUCCAGUCGUUCGACAAUCCCAAGCAAAAUGAUUUGCAGACAUGGACAAUCGGACAAGUCAUUGCUAUCAUGGUUUUCCUCCCCCCAAUCCAGAGCUAUGUGACCUUCGAGAUCCGAGGCCUUCAAAAAGCCCACGAAUCUCGACUCCCCAAAGAUUGGCAACUCGUGCGCACAACAACAUCUAAUAGCGCAUCAACACGAGCAACAAUUAGGACUAACACAUCAGGAACAUCCAACUCCUGGGACGAUCUUGCGCUAGGGCGCCGAUUUAUGCGCAAAGGGACCAAUGAAACAGACUCUACCAGAGCGGCGACGAGAACAAACACCGACAUCCCGUGGGACGACUUGGCAGCCGGGCGAUGCCUGAUUCGCAAGGGGACGUCAGAAAGUCUACUCUCUCGGGCACCGACGAGGACGAAUACGGAAGAUUCGAUGAACGAUGUGGCACCUGGGCAUAGCCUCGUACGAAAAGGGACGGCGGAGAGUCUACUGGGCAAAUCCCCCCAAAGGACUAAUACAGAAACUUCAUCUGAGGGCUCACCGCCUCCACAGGCUCUGGAGCGGAAGGCAAUCUCGAAAUCAUCCUCCCCCAAACCGCCAAAAAGGAGUGGUACAGGAACUUCAGCCGACGGAUCACUGAGCGGACGCUCGGUACCAAGAAGAGGCACCGCAGACAAGUUUGCUUUCAAAACGCCGGCGCGAUCUGAUACGGAGAUGUCGUGGGAAGACCUAGCAAUGGGGAGGGGCCUGGGGAUCAAGCCUACGCCGCCAUUGAAGAGUGCGAGGGAUCGGAGAGCUAGAGUUAGGGAGGAUGAGUGGGAUGUGCGAAGGUUAGAGAGGGGGACACGCAGGGUGGCUACUGAUUAA